AUUGCAAUAUUUUCCCUGUCUCUAGUUUAACGACAACAUCGGCAGCAUAUCAUAUAUCCAAAAAACAAAAACAACAACAACACAAAAAAUAUACAUAUACAAAUUAAUGAUAUAUUAAAAAUAAUAAACUUAAAAAGAACACAACUAAAACAGUCAUGAGUUAACAAAAUUUACAACAAAUAAAUAAAAAAUUAAAAUGACAGUGAUAAGAAAUUAUAAAUAAAAGUGUUACAAACUAAAAAGAAAAAAAACUAUAAAAUAAACAAAACAAUAAACAAAUAAAAUAUGGCAACACUUAUAAACGAAGAACAACAUCUUAAUAUCAUAAAUGAUAAAUCAAAACAAACAAAGCAGCAGCAACAACAACAACACUAUUACUAUUUUGCCAACUAUAAUACAAAAGAAAAUAAAAAUGUCAAAGAGGAAAUCAGUGAUGGCAAUAAUAAUAGUGUAGAUGACUUUUAUCACAUAAAGCAAUGUUGUUAUCAAUCUACAACAACAAUUAAAAGUAGAACACUAAACCAAAGAAACCAAUAUAUUUAUACAACUCCCAUAACAACAGCAACAACAACAACAACAUUAUCACAUGUUCUACAUUCUCUAUCAUCCUACAAUUGCCGUUCUUCAUUUCUCACUGUUUUCUUAAUGGGUUAUUUACUGUUAGUUCAACAUUAUGCCAUGGCUGCUCCACAAUCGUGUAUACUCUGUGAUAAAAAUGAUUUACAAGCCAAAGAUCCUCAAACAAAUUAUGAAGAAUUUCUAUUUGAACAUCAGGUGACGAGACAAGAUGCGAUAAACGCUUUAAGGCAAUUAAAUGAUAGUUUUUAUGAAGGGACCUCCACGGAUAGUUCGUGUAAUGGUGUUCGUUGUACGGAAAAAGUUAUGAAAUAUUGUUUGGGACCUCAAUUCAUAAAUGAUCAUUGUUGGUGUGAGGUGGGCCACAGUACGGGUAAGUGAUAUUUUGUUUUUAGU